AUGAAUCCAGCUGGUUUUUAUUCAAUUUCCUAUCUAAACUAUUGGGAUGAUAAUUAUAAUUCUUAUUUUUCCUACGUUAGUAAUCCUGGUUAUCUGUUUUCUGUGUUAACUGCUUCUGCAAAUGCCAGUGGAUUCUUUGGAGGAUGUUAUCCACUCAACGCUCUCCUUGAAAGUACACUUGAUUGUCUGUACGAUGACAGUUGUCUUGAAGUACUUCCCGACUAUUUUCCAGCUCUCAAUCAAGUGAAUUUUAGUUCUUUAUUACCAUCAGAUAGAACAAACAUUUCUGUCAAUGAUCGUUUAUCAAAUCUCUUUGUAAAUGAAUGGUUAACAAAGAUCAAUUAUUCAACAUAUUUUACUAAGUGUGCUCCCUCAGUCUGCACAUAUACCAAAACAGAUUGGACCAGUUUUUCAUAUACAAUUGGUCUUUUAAUCAGUUUAUACGGUAGUCUUAUCAUCGUACUACGUUUCAUAUCAACUACAAUCGUUAAUAUCGCAUCAAAAAUAGAAUUUCGUUUAACAAACAUUCCCAUUAAUUUUGGUAAAGAUUGA